AUGAGCUUUGAGGACGUGCAUCAUGUGCAGGAAUGUGCGCCAGAGAAGGAGCUUCAGACCAUUCCAAGGCAACUGCCACCACUUCAAAGUAGAUGGAUUCCACCUGCUGACCUCGAUUUGGAUUGGCAACAUCAUCCUGAGCUUCGAUCGCACAACACUUCCUCUGUUCCAAGCUUAAAAGUCCAAUCAAACCCCUCGAUGGCCUCCAUGCCGAUCAUCCACAACGUGCCUAACUUCGACCGGCCCUCCGCCUAUGCGGCCGCGCUGCGAAUUGGACCCCGUGGUCCCGUGCCGUGCGGAUCGAGCGCGUCGCAGAGCUCCGUGCCGUCGCAGCGCGGCGCUUCCUCGAAGUCGUCGACGAAGUCGCAGAGCUCGGCGGACAGACGUCGCCGGCCCCUGGCGUCGCCGAUUGACCAGGCCAUCCGGCGAGAGCUCGUCGGGGACGGCAUCGCUUUGGAAGAAGUGGUGGCCAAUAAGCGCUCCUCGGGAUGGGCGGUGAAACAGAGGCAAGCACAGAGAAAUGAUUUGGGCCACUUCUGCUAUGGCUGCAAGCAAUUACUGCGGGACCUAAAUGAAGAGGUCACUGUUUGGACAGGUGCAGCCAUUUAUCGGCGUUUUCAUCCAGCUUGUGCAGCGUCUUAUAUGCUUCGUGCGGAUGGAUCAGCUGAUAGGCAGACCGGAGACAUUGUCGAAGGCUACGCUGAUGGUUGGCGGGCUCCCAAGGAGUAUGUCAGGCCAGUAGAGGCAGCUCGGCAAUGGCUUCUUUCGGAGGACCAACGAGCUUGGGGGUCUUUGCGCGGGGACCUCUUCACUACAGUGACAGUCACUGAAAACGGCAAGAAGAAGGCAGUUCCUGGGCUUUCGCACGACCAGCUGAGAAUUCUUCAAAACAAGCACCGUUGGGUCGAGGAUUCACAUCUUGCCGAGCCAAUCGAAUGCGCGAUUUGCUUUUGCGCGCCAGGCUCUGCAUUGUGCAUUCGGCUUCCCUGUGCUCCUCAGCAUGUGUUUCACAUGAGCUGCGUCUUGCCCUGGCUGAAGAAGGCCUCUUUGUGUCCAACGUGUCGCAAAGACUUGCGGGCGCCAUGGUCGAAGCGUCGGGGAGCUUUGCUGGCUCUUGGCCUGGCGAUCUCAGCCAUCUGCAGUGUCGCGUGGCGCACGACGACCACUGAAUUCGGUGGGCGCUUUGACCCGGCCACAUUGUCUGUCGGGGACUUGCUGCGGAUGUUUACGGAGACCCGGGAGUACCUCUAUGCCUCCGGCUGGCGAGAACAAGAUGGAACCUUCGUUCCUCGCGGCCAGAGGCUUGGUGAGCCAAAGGCUAGCACACCCAGGCAAUUUGAAAUGAAAAGGUUUACUGAGCGCGUAUCCAAGAAGAAUGCUUGCGGUGCUGGCAUCAGAGAUGUCAUGCACUUCACGGCGCAGCUCCCCGACGUGGACGCGCAGUACGUCAUGGAGGCGCUGACCAAUCCAGGGUUUACCAAUUGGAACCCCUCGCUUCAUUUCGUCAUGUUCCGACGGCAUCGGAGGCUCCCUUUGGACGCGAACCUCAAGGACACCUUUACACCCGAGGAGAUGGAGGUGAAAGGUGGCUACCGAUCCUUGGAGCAAAGCAGGAAGACCAUCGACGUGUCUGCUCAGGUUGCGGAGAUUCAGAUCCCUCGUGUUGUUCAGAAGGCCGCCGGCCGGCGCUUCACUUCGGACUUCAUCGCCGUGCGCUAUGAUUGCAAAGCCAACCGUGGCUUUUCGAUCGCGACGUCCGUGGGGACCGAGGCAGUGGCGGAAGCAGCUGGCGUCCGAAAGCAACAGGAUCUUUGUCUCACUUCGAUCAUGGUCGCACCAGGUGUCAAUUCAAGUGAUACGACAGCUCCUUGA